AUGGCGAGCGAAGACCACUCCCCUUCCGCCGCCGCCGAGCGCAAACCCCGCAAGUCCGUCGCCUUCACCGACGAGCAGCUAGUCGUCGACGCUGACGGAUCCGUCACCAUGGUCACCGCCGCCGACGAAGCCCCCAAGGACACGGCCCAGUCCCAUGCCGCCCGUACGCCGCCUCUCUCUGCCGCCCUGGGCGCGUUCCAUACUGAUGCCGUUGCCGCUGAAGCUACCACCACCGAUGCCCCCGCCCCCGAGGACGACACUGGUCUCGACCUGUCCCUCCUGAAGAAGAAGAAGAAGAAGGCGUCCAAGAGCAAGGAGGAGGAGGACGGUGCGGAAGCAGCCGACGAGGACGGCGGCCUGGACCUGUCGAUGAAGAAGAAGAAGAAGAAGAAGGCCAAGGACGCCGCCGAGGACGACGACUUUGUCGCCAAGCUCAAGGAGCUCGAAGUCCAGGAGGAGCAGCAAGGCGGUGCUGCCGCCGCCGGCGGCGGCUCCUCGGCGACCCCCGACGCCGACGCCGGCAACAUGGAAACCGGCACCGGCAUCUGGGCGCACGACGAGACGCGCAGCAUCAACUACCCGCUGCUGCUCAGCCGCUUCUUCACGCUGCUGCAGCAGAAGAACCCGGACCACGCGCUCAGCGGGACCAAGACGUACAAGAUCCCGCCCCCGCAGUGCAUGCGCGAGGGCAACCGCAAGACCGUCUUUGCCAACAUUGCCGAGAUUUGCCGCCGCAUGAAGCGCUCCGAGGAGCACCUGACCUCGUACCUCUUUGCCGAGCUCGGCACCAUUGGCUCCGUCGACGGCAGUCGUCGCCUGGUCAUCAAGGGCCGCUGGACGCCGGCGCAGCUCGAGACUGUGUUGCGAAAAUACAUUAUCGAAUACGUCACCUGCAAGACUUGCAAGUCCCCCGACACCGAGCUCAACAAGGCCGAGAACCGUCUCUACUUUGUCACCUGCAACAACUGCGGCUCCCGCCGCUCCGUCACCGCCAUCAAGACUGGUUUCUCCGCCCAGGUCGGCAAGAGAAAGAAGAUGCAGGGUUAA